AGGGACAGGCUGUGUCAAAAGUACUUCUCAAAAUUGCUUAUUCUCAUAAAUGAAUCGUUGGUCAGAAGAGCAGCCGCCAAAUCAAAAUGGUUCCGCAGCUGAGGCUUGGCACGAUCAUUGUGCUGCUUUGGGUAGUGGCACUGGCAACGAUGUCCCAAGCUCAGAUCCUCCAAACAUUCCACCGUGAAUUCGGUCCAUUCAACAGCUCCUACUACGCCACCUUCGCUGUCGAACCGCCGGCGACAAUCAGCAAUGAGGCCCUUCAAGUGACUCCAGACUCCGUCGGUAACUUCAGCCUUACGAACCGGUCAGGCCGAGUCUUGUUCAAUCAAUCAUUCAAGCUUUGGGAAGAUGACCUUUCUAUGACUAGUACUAGUACUGGUACAAAGGUGGCUUCCUUCAAUUCCUCCUUCCUCAUCAACAUCUAUCGGGUUAACGGCUCGUCUGCGUUACCGGGAGAAGGCCUCGCCUUCCUCAUAGCCCCCGACUUGGACCUCCCACCGGGCAGCGACGGUCAAUACCUGGGUUUGACCAACUCCACCACCGAUGGCAACUCCACCAACCGCCUCAUCGCCAUCGAGUUGGACACUUUCAAGGAGGAUUUCGAUCCUGACGACAACCAUGUGGGUCUCGACAUCAACGGCGUUCGAUCUAACAAGACCGUAUCCUUGUCCGACUGGGGCAUCCGGCUCGCCCCUGUUGGUACCAAGUUUUACAUGGUGUGGGUCCAGUACAACGGCGGCAACAAGGUGCUGGACGUGUUCAUUGUAGAGCAAGGCCAAGAUCAGAAAGGGAAGCCCCUCGCCCUCACCGCCGCCAGGCCCACCAAGCCUGUGCUGACUGCGGAUCUUGAUAUCAGAGGCAUUGUGAACAAGGACUCCUACUUCGGGUUCGCCGCCUCCACGGGGAGCGCCAUCCAGCUAAACUGUGUGCUCAAGUGGAAUCUGACGGUGGAGCUGCUGCCUGGGGAUCCAGCGGACCAGGUGAAUAAUGGCCGCGGGCUUAAGAUCGCUUUGGGGGUUGGGGUGCCCGUGUUCGUACUGCUGCUGAUGGGGGUGGCCGGUUUGGCCUAUUACCUGCACAAGAAGUGGGCUGCAGCUACGUCCGGCCCAAAUAUAUUGGGCACGCUCCAGAGCCUCCUCGGAACGCCCAGGGAGUUCUCGUUCAAGGACCUGAAGAAGGCAACCAACAACUUUGACGACAAGCACAAACUGGGUCAAGGCGGUUUCGGUGUGGUGUAUAAAGGUGUGCUACUCAAGGAGAACCUAGAAGUGGCCGUCAAGAAGUUCUCCAGGGACAACCUCAAGGGCGAAGACGAUUUCUUGGCUGAGCUUACCAUUAUUAAUCGUCUCCGUCACAAACAUCUGGUGCGAUUGCUCGGAUGGUGCCAGAAGAAUGGUGUACUGCUUUUGGUGUACGAUUACAUGCCCAAUGGUAGCUUGGACAAUCACCUAUUUUGUGUGUCGCAGAACGAGAAGACGCUUGGAUGGAACCUGAGAUACAAGAUCAUAUCAGGAGUGGCAUCUGCGCUGCAUUACCUCCAUAACGAAUACGACCAGAAAGUGGUGCACCGGGACCUCAAGGCCAGCAACAUCAUGCUUGACUCCAACUUUAACGCUCGGCUGGGUGACUUUGGGCUAGCACGGGCAUUGGACAAUGAGAAGACCUCUUAUGCUGAGCUGGGCGGUGUGCAGGGGACUAUGGGCUACAUUGCCCCCGAGUGCUUCCAUACGGGCAAGGCCACCUGCGAGUCCGAUGUCUAUGGCUUUGGGGCGGUCUUACUUGAGGUGGUAUGUGGUCAGCGUCCGUGGACCAAGAUCGCAGGCUUCCAGUUGCUUGUGGAUUGGGUUUGGUGGCUGCAUCGCGAGGGACGCAUACUGGAGGCUGUGGAUCAGAGACUAGGAAAUGACUACGUGGUUGAGGAAGCCGAGAGGCUUCUGCUUCUUGGACUGGCUUGCUCCCAUCCGAUGGCCAGUGAGAGGCCCAAAACUCCGUCUGUUGUUCAGAUCAUAUCAGGAGCUGUGGCAGUGCCCAACGUCCCACCAUUCAAACCCGCUUUUGUGUGGCCUUCCUCAAACCCAUGUAGCAGCAGCAUGAUGGCUAAUAUUGCAACAGGUGAUACUGACACUUCUUCCAUUACAACGUCAUCUUGGAAUUUUGCAUCAGAUUCAGGACCAGGGCGGACAGCUAAAUACGCAAGCAAGGAAAGCUACAUCAGAGGAGGUUACAGUGAAAGCUCUCCCGUGUUAAGUUUUUCAUGAGAUUAGUUUACUGGUGGAGCAUAUCCUCUUUGAUAAUUCUCUCUGUAUUUUCGUUUAUGUUUUUCUCAGUUUCUUAAAGAAACGAGAUUCUUUAUCAAUAUCUUCAAGCGUGAAGUAUUGUA